GCCCUGUCUGGGAGAGACACCCAAGCAUUCUUCCACAGGUGAGUCUCAACUUGCACCUGAUGACUCGCGAGAUAGCCUUGACCCUGCAGUCAGUAAUAUAUUCCAAAGUGUUAAAGACAAGCUAAAAGCUCUCUUCAUGUCUUCAGAAGCACCAGCUUCAUCUGAAACAACUUUGCACAUACUCUCUGAGGAUGUAGGUGCAGUAGUCCAGGGCCUGCCUUCGUUAACUCCUUCUGCAGACGUAAUGGUGGAGUCUGACGUGGAGAAAGAAUCAGACUCAAUUCCAGCAUCUGAACUGGUUGCCGUGGCCAUAUUGGAGAGUUUAAUGGAUUCCACCAGCAAAGAAAUCAGUAAAGAUGAGGACAAAAGCCAGAAAGCAACCAUUGGCCAUUUUAACAACUUCCUUCAUGUUUUGGCAGACAAAAUGAAGCAUCCCUCCAAGGGAGUUCAGAAGACUGUCGACCAAGAAAAGAACAUAGGAUUUGAAAAUCUGCCACCUACCACAUCAGAGGACACUAUACAAGAAUGCAAACCUACAUCAGCUGAAACAUCUCAAAUGUCCUCAGAGCACAACGUCUUUGUAGCUGCACAGGUCCAGGGAUUGUCCUUGUGGACUCCGUCUGCAGUAGAGUUGGUGGAGUUGGACAAGGAGAAAGAGUCACACGUAGUUCCUGCAGCUGAACUGGUUGCCCUCACCAUUGUGGAGAGUUUUGUGGACUCCACAACCCAGAACAUACAUAAAAAUAAAAGCCAGGGAGCAGCCAGUGUUGGUUUCAACACCUUCCUUCAUGUGUUGGCAGACAAAAUGAAGCUUCACUCCAAGGGACUUCAGACGAGUGUCGACCAGCAAAAGAAUGUGGCACAUCAAAAUUUGCUAUGUGCUCCUGUUGAAGCCACUGUUCAAGUGUCAUCCAAUGACGGGGAUGACAUCACAGAGUCCUCCCUCGGUCUAGCAAGACAACCUUCCCCAAAACUCUCUCAGGAUGUCUUGAUCAAAGCCACACUUGCUGUGAGUGAUGUCCUCAUUCCAUCAUAUAGCCGUAGCCAACAAGAUCUGUUACUCAACCAGCAAGGUCAGGAGGUUGUCCCCAUGGUGACCAGCAGGUCUACGUCACACCAUACAGUGGUUUCUGGGAUGGUAGAAACAGUUGCCAAAGACAUAGAAAACCUUUUUGACAGUUCUGAAUGGUCUGACUUUGACAUCUUUGGGGCCUGUCUGGAAGAGACAUCCAAGAGUUCUUCCACAGCCGAUUCUGAACUGGGACCCGAUGACUUCCAGAAUUGCUUGGAACCUGUAAUCAGUCAUAUUUUCCAAAGCGUCACAGAUUAUUUUUCAUCGGCGUCCAGUAUUGAGUCUAAUAAGGCCCAACUCUACAACAGCAGCUUAAAAGAAGACAUUUUUACACAUGUCCACUCAAAUGCAUCUGAUGAUUUAAUGGAAGAAUUAAUCAAGUCUACUUCAGCUGAAACAUCAUGCCAUCUGCCAUCAGUUGGUGGCGUAUAUAUAGAUGAAACUCCAUCCUUUCUGGAGCAGGUGUCUGUAUCUAAUCUCUCUUUGUAUUCUGAGAUUUUACUAGAUCCUGCCCAUCACAGUGGCGUGGAAGACCAACAGAGUUUGGGAAAAUCAGACCUCCCAUCUGAAAGCGAAGUCUCAAAGGAUAAAAUACAAUCUGCAGCUUCAUCCUUCUAUCAAAAUGUUAGGCUCACGUUAAUCGACAAGUUAAUCUCCCGACGACUCAGACCAGCAGUGGAAGUUCAACAGGAGGCAAAAUCUCUACUUAAAAAUGAGAAUGUUGUCCGCCCACACACCAGACGCGGCUUAAGGAGAAAUCAACCUGACUCGAUGGAAACUGAGCAGGGUGGAAAUGGAAGCGUGGGUUGUCUGACGGUCACCAGCACUUCCUCAUUUGUUUCGACAUCGUCAACGACAGGAAACUAUUCCACUCCGACCACCCACGUCCAUUCGUCCUCUGAUAUCCUGACAACCAGCUACAACAGCAGCUAUGAAAGUGUUGGCACAGUGGAUGGGGGAAGCCACGGUACGAUUGGCAAUACCUCAACCACCCCCUCAUCUGUGAGAUCCUUGUACUACACUUUGUCCUCCAACUCCCUCUCUUCAGACAGGACUCUCAGGCUGAAGUCGGGCCGAGAUCCCAGCAGUGCAAGCUCGCGCGAGAGGGCAAACGAGGCCCGAAGCUCAACCAAAGAAAUCCAGAGCUCGUCCUCAUCCGCCAUGUCCUCAGCGACAUCCAUCCAAACCCCACCAGGUCCCUCAAAGAGGAACCCGGAGGUCGAGGAAGCUGUGUUAGAGACUGCCAGAGGUACCAGUGACAGGAGCCCCAGGAUUGGGAUGGUGUCUGCAGAGCUAAGCACGGCCGUGGCUUCCAUCAUCUGCCUCAUGAAAAGGAUGCUUCUCAUUGGGGAAGAUCCAGCUAAGGUGGAGGGAAACCUUAAAGUCCUGCUCUCCUGCGGGCUUCUUCGGCCUUUCACAGACAGCGUUGUGGAUGGGGUCAGUAAGUUUUUGCUUGCCAACAUGCCCAAGACCUCACCAGAGCCGUCCAGAUCUAAAUCAGACCUGUUUCUGCCACGUGAAGCCACGACAGGUGAUGACAACAUGGAGCUGUCCAGGGAAACAUUUUUGGAGCUUGUCUACACUUUCACAGAUAACUCAUUUAAGGACAUGUUCAAGCAACUGAUCACCAUGUUCCUUGCUCCAUCAUCCAUCAUCUCUCCUUCAGAGACAGCUGAUAGAAAAGGUUCUCAAACAUGCCCAAACGCUUACUCUAAGGCUUCCAAAGAUAUCGUUUCUAUGUUCACCAGAGUGGUGGCUCAACAUGUCACUGAAACUCUGUGCAAAGAUCCCAUCAAAAGUGGUAAAACCGAUCUGUCUUCCUCAAGUAAGGUGUCUGAUGACCCCUGUCACAGCGCUAGCUUGGCUCCAAAACAUUUACUCCCACCAAUGCCUCCAUCCAACCACGAACGCCUACGUUCGACAGUAACUAUCCUGGUGGUCAGAAUCAUCACCAAGAUCAGCCGAUCUGUUAAAUCCGCGGUCAUUCUCAACAAAAUGGCCGCCGAUUUGACCGAGCAGAUCUUGAAAAGGUGUAAGGAUGGAACACAGCUCGGGAAAAUGGAAGCCUGCCUUCGGGACAUGAACUUAACGGAGAUCGACUCAAACGUGAGGAAAGCCCUGCUGCGGGAGUUCGGCACCCGUGAAGCUCUUCAGAGAGCGAUGACAAGCGAGGAUCCCACGUUUGGGGAAACGUUGGUCGGGCUGCUGACUGCUGCACUUCUGAGCUGUAAGGAUGGCGGGAAGGAGCAGGUUCCAAACCAGCGGCUGAAGCCAGGAGAGAAAGUCUCCUAUUUCUCAAAACUCUCCCAGAAGAGAAAAAUGAGAAACAAAAUUGCGCCGAGUCUUCAGCGGGACCCAGAGUUGAUGGACAGGACAGUUCCUGCGUCAUCAAGUGUGUGCGAGGCUGACAUCAAACAGAUGGCAGCAUCGUCUGAUGGUUUUCAGUUUUCCGCUAGGCCAAAGACACAGCCCUUUUUGAGAGUGUAUUCAGUAAAGUCCCCAGACAUGUCCAGUCCUGUGGAAUCCCAUAACACCGAUUAGAACAUUUUCCAUUUUCUCUUGUUUCACCGCAUCAAUUAAAUAUGUGCAAUAAUUUAUUGAUCUUAUUGUGUCUUGUCUAAAAAUAACAAGACAAUAGUUCUUGUUACUGCAGUGAUUAUAAAUUCACAUAGAAUUUAAAGUCCCACAUAUACAUUUGCAACUUGUGUUUUGUUCAUUUAAGAAACAGAAGGAAGCUUACUUACAUAAAUUACCUAAAGAUACAUUGUCCUAU